AUAACGACAACGACCAAGUCGCGCCUAUCCCAGUAGAAGAGAGCCCAACAGUAGCAGACAUCCCACCCCCCGAGCCUCCCGCGCCCGUAGACCCACCACUCGAUGCUGCUGCACAAGCAGAGCUCGAUGCCUUCAUGACCGAAAUGAGCAAAGAGAAGCCGACCCCACAGCCGGCCAAGUCCGCCUAUUCAGGUGCCGUCAUAGAGGCAGCACCCAUGACAGCUGCCCAGCUUGCUGCCCAAGUGCGAGAAGAUCAGAGUGCACAACGCGCCAAGAGGGACGAAGAAAUGGAGGGGGAGAAGGAAGAUGCUGCGCGGGCUCUCGAGGACGAGUUUGAGGAAAUGGAAGGACUCGAAGAGAGGGUUAAGAGGCUACGGGAGCAGAGAGAGGCGCUGCGGUCCGUGUCUGGACGGCCAGGCGAUGUACAAAACCAGGAGCCAGCAGCUCCUCAGAAUGAAGAAGAUGAAGAAAGCGAGUCGGAUGACGAGGACUGGGACGACUGGCGGUUUCGCCCCGCCUAGACGUUGUUGCUGCAUGUAGUCAGCAAAGUAAUUAACGGUCAGCGCAUGUAUUAUAGUAUAGCAUACCACAUUGGCGAUACCCGGGGCAGGCGUUUACAAGCACUAAUCCAAUGACUUCUUUCUAACAGGGCAGCCCCUGUUAUGACCAAUCC